AUGGCUUCCCAGCAGUCAGAACAGGGCGGGAGGCAGAUUCGCGCCUCAGUCCUCCAUGGUGCGAGAGAUUUACGCAUUGAAAGCCGCUCGAUCCUGCCACCAUCCCCAACGGAGCUACAAAUUAGCAUUCGCAGUACUGGUCUCUGCGGUUCCGAUCUGCAUUACUACCGACACUACCGUAAUGGCGACAUCAUCGUGCGAGAACCCAUGUCACUGGGUCACGAAUCCGCUGGUGUGGUUGUAGGUGUAGGGUCGGAAGUAUCAAACUUCAAGGUCGGAGAUAAGGUUGCAUUGGAAGGCAUGAAGUUCCGGAGUAGUGCAAAGGCUUUCCCGCAUGCCCAAGGGACCUUGCAGGAUCGGAUUAACCACCCAGCCGCUUGGUGUCAUAAAUUGCCAGAAGAUGUGUCAUUAGAUCUUGGAGCCCUUCUCGAGCCACUUAGUGUAGCUAUCCAGGCAUCGAAACGAGCGCAAUUAGCACCUGGCUCAACUGUACUGGUGUUUGGUGCUGGUGCGGUUGGUCUAUUAGUCGCUGCCAUGGCGAAGAUCUCCGGCGCCGGUACUGUUGUAAUAGCAGACAUUGACGCUGGACGAGUAGAGUUUGCUGUAGAGAACAGAUUCGCGCAUAGAAGUUUCACAGUACCAAUGAAGCGUGGGAAUACAAUAGAAGAGCAGCUGGAGAUAGCAAAGGAACUAGCGGCUGACAUCGGAAAGCUGACCAAGAUGAGCGAGGGGGAAGUCGGAGAGAUGGAUGCCGUGUUUGAGUGCACUGGUGUGCCAUCAUGCGUACAAGCAUCCAUUUUUGCCACACGACCAGGCGGUAAAGUGCUAUUGAUUGGCAUGGGUACACCGAUCCAAACACUGCCUAUUUCCGCCGCUGCUCUCCGCGAAGUCGACAUUGUCGGCGUCUUCCGGUACGCGAAUACUUACCCCAUGGGCAUUGAGGUAGUAUCAAAGAAGGGAGACGACUACCCUAACUUCGCCAAGUUAGUAACCCACACAUACAAGGGCUUAGAGUCGGCGGAGGAGGCGUUCGAAAUGGCUGGAAAGACUAAGGACGAAAGCGGAAAGUUAGUUAUCAAGGUUGUACUUGAGACUGGUGAAGACGAGAAGUGA